CUAAAGGUCAUCUCAUGGUUGACCUUGACGGGUUAAUCUUGUGGAUGCAGAUUGUCUUGUUCCGUUCGCCACCUGACAGCCAAUGGGAGAUUCCAAUUUCGAAGAAUCCGCUGAUGAGCAUGAUGGCUAUGAUCCUGUACAUAGUCGGCUAAUGAAUGAUCGGAAGGUGGCCUAUAGACCAAGGUACGUUCCCUCUGAACCUGAAGGAGAUUCUAGCUCUGAUGAUCUAAAUGAUGACCUCGAAGAUCAAGUAUCCUAUUCUCAUCAUUUUCCAAACUCACCAGUUGAUUCUGUUAAUGAAUAUCCUGUUGUAAAAUCUGAGCAAAAUGAGUUCCAUAGAAGUUCGGACCAUGAUAGGGAGUAUCACAUUGAACCUGUUGUGGAUGUUACUACUCCAGGUUAUGCUCCUAGCCAAGCCUUAAGUUCUACUCCUGAGUCUAGUCCUGCCCUAAGCUAUUCUGCAAGUGAGCAUGCGUCAGAUAUAAUGGUAGCUAAAAAGUCUGAACCAAAUAUCCCUGAAAAAAUCCCUGAAGACGAUGAGGAGGAGCUUGUGAGCAACAGUGAUUCAGAACCAGUGAGAGCCGAUUAUCUACAGGAUGUGCAACAGCAGGAGCCUGAUAAAAGUCACAUAGACAGUCCAAUGGAAAAAUCUUCACAACCUAAGUAUGGUUUUCCUGCCGAGUCACAUCGCUUUGAGAGAUUCCGUGACAUUUUUGACGAUAAUGAUGCCGAUCAAGAUCAAAGUAAGUUCAAUGAAGAAUUUGAAGGGUUUGAAAGAGACGAGCAACCAGAAUCUCAAGUUGAUGGGAUUAUAGCAGAUAUCUUUGGUGAGAGUGAUGCAGAAGAAGAAUUUGAGGGUUUUGCUGAGAAUGAACUCGAUAAAGGUAUCGAAGAAGAGGUUGAAAUCCAAACAUCUGAUGAGGUUGCUUCGCAUAAGGGCCGACAACCUACUUCUGGAGAGAAUGAGGAUGAUGAUGAAUCUGAACAAGAUGAUGAAUUCGUCUCCGACUUUGAUCGUGUAAUGGAAAAGAAGAAAGAAGAACUCCGACGAAGACGAAAACGUAAUCGAGAUAUUGAGUUCCUUAAUGACAGUGAUGAUCUGAUCGUAGAAAUGAUUUCGCGGAUGAAAAGUGCUGCCGAUGAAGACAGACAGUUACUUUCAUCUGGUCAACCUGCAACUAAAAAACUAAGCAUGUUCAAAGAUGUAUUAGCUCUCCUCAGGCGAGCCGACUUGAAGUCCGCUCUGAUAGAAAACGGAAUGCUCUCUGCUAUAACUGAAUGGUUAUCACCGCUCCCCGGUCAUACACUUCCGAAUCUCGUUAUACGCGACUCCAUGCUGACCAGCCUUAGUGAGUUCCAAUCGCUGUCACCAGAGGUUCUUCAAGAAUCCGGGAUUGGAAAAGCCCUGAUGUAUUUGUACAAACAUCCAAGAGAAACUAGAGAAAACAAGGAUAAGGCUGGCAGACUUAUUAAUGAAUGGCUUAGACCUAUAUUCAAUUUGACAAGUGAUUAUCGUACCCUUACUAAGGAAGAACGCAAACAGCUUGAUUAUGAACAUCUUCCUAAACGAAGAAAUAUCGACAAUGAAGCUUAUAAUCAUCGUGAUAUAAACCGGGAACUAGACGGUGAAGCAAAAGGACUUUUAAGACCUGGAGAUCCCGGAUGGAUUGGUAGGGCACGAGUUCCUCAACCAUCAAACAAAGACUACAUUAUCCGACCAAAAUGGCGUGUGCGGGAAAAUCCUACUGGAGAUGAAGAUGAUGAAGAAGGUAACGAUGAUCGCACUGAGGAAUCUCAGUCUCUUUCUCGUCGGCGCCGAAAACCAGGGUCUUCUGCCUUUGGCGCUACUUCACGUAUUGAAAGUCAUAUACGUAAUUUAAGUAACAUUGCUCGUAGGAGUCAUGCCAAAGCUGCUCGUGCUGUUCCAAUGAGUAUUGAAGGUCGUAACAUGUCGCUGUAAUCAAAUCACUUGAGCUUGUUUUUGUCCUAAUCAUCUACUUUUUUGGCUCUUCAUUUAUUGUACAGUAUUUUUCUUCUACGUUGCAGUAUUGACCUGAGAAUUGUCCGCUUGUAUUCUUUCUCUAAAUAGGCUGAAAUGGCUUAUUUUUGUUCGAAUGAGUUAUUAUUGUGACUGCUGAAGGUUAUUUUUAAAUUAUACGAUGCGAAGUUUAUAUUGUAGUGGAUGGGUUUUUUUUAGGAAACACCACUACAACAAGUGCGUUUGGCACGCAUCAGUUUUACUGCUUCUAGGUUUGAUCCUUCUCCAUUCAUUACGAAAGUUUCUGAGUAUUGCCACUUUAGCGUUCAAGUUUACGAAAAGCA